AUGGAUGAAGAUCCUAAAGUAAAGGAGGCUGAAGAAUAUAAUGAAGCAGGAAAUUGUGCUUUCAAGGACAAAGAGUAUGAAAAAGCAAUUCGCUUCUAUGAUUAUGCCAUCGAACUAUUCCCCAAAGAACCUCGCUAUUAUUCAAAUCGUUCAGCUGCCUAUCUCGGUGCUGGAGAUCGGUCCAGAGCUCUAGCUGAUGCCGAGAAAACGGUCGAUUUAAGUCCAACGUGGGCAAAAGGGUACUCCCGUAAAGCUUCUGUCUUUUUGCGUUUAAAGAAAUACAAAGACUGCAUCGAAACAUGCAAAAUUGGUAAAUAG